CCCCGGUCCGGCCCGGCUCUCAUUGUGCUCCUCACGCCGGCGGCCCAAGAUGGCGGCGGCUCCGAACAACCCCUCGAGCCGCUCCCGACAAUAGAGGGCGGCGCGGGGGGGUGGGAGAGCGGGUCCUCCCCGCCUUCCUGCGGCCCCGCACCGCCUCACCGUCACCGCACCGCCCGGCUCCGGGUCCCGGCCCCACCCCGCAUCAACAGCGCGGCCGCCCCGUAGCAUGGUGCGGGGCCUCCGGCUGCGCCAUGGGCGAGCGGCUGGAGCUGCGUCUCAAGUCGCCGGUGGGAGCCGAACCCGCUGUGUAUCCGUGGCCGCUGCCCGUCUACGACAAACACCAUGAUGCUGCUCAUGAAAUCAUUGAGACAAUUCGGUGGGUCUGUGAAGAAAUCCCAGAUCUCAAGCUUGCUAUGGAAAACUACGUUCUAAUUGACUAUGACACAAAAAGCUUUGAAAGCAUGCAGCGGCUGUGUGACAAGUACAACCGCGCCAUCGACAGCAUCCAUCAGCUGUGGAAGGGAACCACCCAACCGAUGAAGCUGAACACGCGUCCCUCCAACGGGCUCCUCCGGCACAUCCUACAGCAGGUUUACAACCACUCGGUGACCGACCCUGAGAAACUCAACAACUACGAGCCCUUCUCCCCAGAGGUGUAUGGAGAAACCUCCUUCGACCUGGUGGCCCAGAUGAUAGAUGAGAUUAAAAUGACAGAGGACGAUCUCUUUGUCGACUUGGGCAGCGGUGUGGGUCAGGUGGUGCUUCAAGUGGCCGCAGCCACAAACUGCAAACAUCACUAUGGUGUGGAGAAAGCUGACAUUCCAGCCAAAUACGCUGAGACGAUGGACAGAGAGUUCAGAAAGUGGAUGAAAUGGUAUGGGAAAAAACAUGCAGAAUACACACUGGAAAGAGGUGACUUCCUAUCGGAAGAAUGGAGGGAGAGAAUUGCAAACACAAGUGUUAUUUUUGUGAAUAAUUUUGCCUUUGGUCCUGAGGUGGAUCACCAACUGAAGGAGCGAUUUGCCAACAUGAAGGAAGGUGGGAGAAUUGUGUCCUCAAAACCUUUUGCACCUCUGAAUUUCAGAAUUAACAGUCGAAACUUGAGUGAUAUUGGCACUAUAAUGAGAGUCGUGGAGCUGUCACCACUGAAAGGCUCUGUGUCAUGGACUGGGAAGCCAGUCUCUUACUACCUGCAUACUAUUGACCGAACCAUACUUGAAAACUAUUUUUCUAGUCUCAAAAAUCCAAAACUCAGGGAGGAACAAGAGGCAGCUAGACGUCGUCAACAGAGAGAAAACAAGAGCAACACAACUACUCCAACGAAGGUUCAAGAAAACAAGGAUUCUGGUGCUGAAGAAGAAAAAGCUGGGGCAAAUGCUGUUAAAAAGCCAUCUCCCUCUAAAGCACGGAAGAAAAAACUGAGCAAAAAAGGAAGGAAAAUGGCAGGCAGGAAACGAGGGCGUCCCAAGAAAAUGAACACUGCAAAUACGGAGCGCAAGACCAAGAAGAAUCAAACUGCACUAGAUCUUCUGCAUGCUCAAACUGUGUCACAGACAUCUUCAUCCUCUCCUCAGGAUGCAUACAAGUCACCUCAUAGUCCAUAUUACCAACUACCUCCUAAAGUGCAACGGCAUUCAUCCAACCAGCUGCUGGUGACACCCACCCCACCCGCACUACAGAAGCUGCUAGACUCCUUUAAGAUCCAGUACAUGCAGUUCAUGGCAUACAUGAAAACUCCUCAAUAUAAAGCAAGUCUGCAACAGUUGCUGGAGCAGGAGAAGGAGAAGAAUGCACAGCUACUGGGGACAGCACAGCAGUUAUUCACCCACUGCCAGGCACAGAAAGAGGAAAUCAAACGUCUUUUUCAGCAGAAACUUGAUGAGUUGGGAGUGAAGGCUCUAACAUACAACGACCUGAUUCAGGCUCAGAAGGAGAUCUCUGCUCACAAUCAGCAGCUGAAAGAACAGACCAAACAGCUGGAGAAGGAUAACAGCGAACUCAGGAAUCAGAGUCUGCAGCUGCUGAAGGCACGCUGCGAAGAGCUGAAGCUGGAUUGGUCCACGCUGUCACUGGAGAACUUGCUGAAGGAGAAGCAGGCGCUGAAGAAUCAGAUUUCUGAAAAACAAAAGCACUGUUUGGAACUGCAGAUCAGCAUUGUGGAACUUGAGAAAAGCCAAAGGCAGCAGGAGCUCAUGCAGCUGAAAUCGUACACGCCGUCGGAUGAGUCACUGUCAGUGCAGCUAAGGAAUAAAACCCAUCUGAGCCGUGAUGCUGAUGCUGAUCAUGGCAGGUUCCAGCUGGAGCUCGAGUGCUCCAAGUUUCCUAUGCCCCACGUCAAUGGCAUGAGCCCCGAACUGUCCAUGAAUGGCCACGCUACUCCCUAUGAGAUUCACAACACUUUCAGCAGGCCGUCCUCCAAGCAGAACACCCCUCAGUACAUGACCUCUCAUCUGGACCAAGAAAUCGUUCCAUGUACCCCAAAUCACAGCAGGCAGAAAGUGGACAGGAUGGUGAGCCUGUCCUUACCUGAUUACACCAGGUUUUCACCUGCUAAAAUAGCACUAAGGAGACACUUGAAUCAAGACCACACAGUCAAUGGAAAAGCAACAACGAGUGAGAUACAGAGAGCUGACCACAUCAAAGAGAAUGGCCUUACGUAUCCAAGCCCCAGUAUUUCCAAUGGCAUCAAGCUGAGUCCUCAGGAAACUCGGCCAUCUUCCCCAGCGGCCUUACCGAUUGCAGGCGAGAAGGUUUUGAGAGAGAGAACCUCUGUGAGUAAUGGAGAAACUAUCACCAGCCUACCCAUCAGUAUUCCUCUCAGCACAGUGCAGCCCAAUAAGCUCCCUGUUAGCAUCCCUCUGGCCAGCGUAGUCCUGCCUAGCCGUGUUGAGAAGGUGAGAAGCACACCUAGCCCAGUUCAUCAGAGCAGAGACUCAUCGACACUUGAAAAGCAGAUUGGUGCUAGUUCUCAUAAUGGUGUAAGCAAUGCUGCUGGAAACAAGCCACUGGCUUUGGCUACCUCAGGUUUUUCUUACUCUUCUGGCUCCGUGGCAGUCAAUGGAAAUCUUACAAACAGCCCAGCCCAUCUUAACCAUAGUGUUGAUCAGGCAGCUCUGGACGACUCCGGGAGUCUGUUUAACUCAGUAGGGUCUCGGAGUUCCACUCCACAACAUCCUUUGCUAAUGAUGCAGUCGAGGAACUCUGGGCAAAGCUCCCCUGCUCACCAGCACUCAGCAAGCCCCAGGUUAAAUGGCACCUCCCAGAGCCUGGUAGGGGGACUGCACUAUGCAGAUGCUCAGAAGAUGUUUGCCGAAGGAACAAAGGGGGAUCUUCAGUCUGAUGCAGCAUUUUCAGAUCCUGAGAACGAGGCCAAGAGAAGAAUCAUCUUUACAAUCUCUCCUAAUACAGGACAUGUAAAACAAUCCCCUUCCACCAAGCACAGCCCUCUGCCCGCGAGCGCUCGGCUGGACUGCGGCCCAGCACACGCGCAGGACGGGAAGAAGCGCGGCCGGCGGAAGAGAUCCUCCACCGGGAACCUCAGCGGGAGCUCCGGGGUCUCCCCCAAACGCAAAUCCUUGCCCACUGUGUCUGGACUCUUUACGCAGCCAUCAGGGUCACCGCUCAAUAUCAACUCCAUGGUCAAUAACAUUAACCAGCCUUUAGAAAUAACAGCCAUUUCCUCUCCUGAAAACUCCCUGAAGAACUCUCCUGUUCCUUACCAGGACAACGACCAGCCCCCGGUACUGAAAAAGGAAAAGCCCCUCACUCAGAGCAACGGUGUCCAUUACUCCCCUCUCACAUCAGAUGACGAGCAGGGAUCUGAAGAUGAGCACAACAGCACCAGGAUCGAGAGGAAAAUUGCAACGAUAUCGCUGGAAAGCAAAUCUCCACAGAAGACUGUUGAAAAUGGUGGCAGCUUAUCUGGGAGGAAACAAGCACAACCCAACGAGAACAUGAACAGCAGCAAAUGGAAAUCUACUUUCUCACCAAUAUCUGACAUCAACCUGACCAAAACCACGGACAGUCCCUUGCAAUCUGUGUCGUCUCUGAGCCAGAAUUCGCUGUUUGCCUUCAGGCCGUCCUCUGAGGACAGCCUUGCCAUGGACGCCAAGAUGGCGCACGCGAGGAAAGGCAUGGCCAUGCCCUCGUCGGGGGCAGACGGGCUCAGCCCCAGCACAAACCCCACCAACGGGUUCACCUACAACGGUGGGCUGUCGACUGACAUUGGUUUACACAGCUUUAUCGAUGGUGCUUCUCUUCCACACAAGGCCUCGGAUGGGACGGCUGCUGCUCUGGGUUUCCAGUCGCAGCGGAGCAAAGAUGUGGGGAUAUCGGAAACAAAUCCUUUCUUGAACAAGAGGCAGCUCGAAGGCCUCGGCGGCACCAAGGGGGAAGACCUCAGCCGGGCAGGAGUCAAAAGCAAAGACAUGAGUGAAAUGAGCAUUCGUGCGGGGGGUUCUUCAGAGAAAAACUCUUUGCAGCAUAACGGAAAGGUCGGCAAAGGAAGGGACCGAGACGUGGAGUUCAAAAACGGCCAUAACCUUUUCAUUUCUGCUGCUGUUUCGUCUGGUGGCCUUCUGAAUGGGAAAAGCCUUUCUACUGCUGUUUCUUCAGCAGGCAACCCAGCAUCGUCUGUGCAGACGCACCAUCCCUUCCUCAACACUUUGACCACUGGAUCACAGUUCCCCCUCGGCCCCAUGGCCUUGCAAGCCAACCUCAACUCGGUGACAAACUCCUCAGUAUUGCAGUCCUUAUUUAAUUCCAUGCCAGCUGCUGCCAGUCUGGUCCACGUGUCGUCAGCUGCAACCAGACUGACUAAUUCUCACACUAUGGGGAACUUCUCUCCUGGGGUUACAGGUGGAACAGUUGGAGGUAUUUUUAACCAUGCGGUGCCUUCUGCCUCCUCUCCUCAUCAGUUUGGAGCCAGUUUCAGCAGCAGUGCUGUCUCUAGCAGCACAGUGCUAAGCUUAAACCCCCUGCAGGCUGUUGCCAGCACCUCAUCCUCAUCCUUCCCACCCCCCUCCUCUAAUUUAGUAACAUCUAGCGAGAGUAGAGCCGCUCAGCACCUCAACAGAGCGCCAGUGCAAUCUGUUUUCCAUCCUCCUCCACCUCCUCCUAACGUUUCCUUGCCCCCACCCCCCCCUCUGCUCGCUUCUAACCCCGACCUCCUGCACAGCCCAUCCAUCCCACCCGGCGACGCUUUCCUGCCAUCCUCUUCCUCCGCUUCUAACACCGCUCUGUCUAUCAAGCUGGCUUCCCUUCAGCACAAAGCUUCCCGUCCCUCCUUUACCGUCCACCACCCCCCCCUGCCCCGCUCGGCGCUGGCACAGUCCGCGCCCCCGAUGGCGCAGCCCACGGCCGCCGGCGCGCCCGCCAUGUGGGUCACGCUUGGCAUGCAGCCUCCUUCCGCUUCGCACCUUUCUGGGGUUAAGCCAAGAUAAAGAGCUUGCUUAGCUAACGGUUCUUAUGUUGUAAGGUAAGGCUAGAGACGAACCCCAGGAGUGGUGUGCGAGAUGCUGAGUGAUGCUUCUUCCUCUGCAGACAGGGGUGGGCACGGGCUGUGAAAUAGAAACCUCUGGAAUGUGGGAUGUAAUGCGGUGGCAGAGGGCAGAGAGUUCUGUGCUGCCUGGCCUGGGAGUCAGGAUUUCUCGACAAAUAGUGCUGACUUUGCUGUCUUGUUGACACCGGGGUCUUGUUCAGGUUGGGAUCGCUCAUUGCAAACGUUUACUGCUGAGGAUCAGCAGUCAGGAGGAGUGUCUUUAUAUUCUUAUGGUUUUUAUAUGAUUACCAGCGCUGGUUCCCCCUCCAGCACAGGGCAGGGAAGUGGAAGUGGGUGAUCUUUAAGAUCCCCUCCAACCUAAGCCAUCCUAUGAUUCUAAUGCAGACGUUGCUCCUUCCACAAGUCCGUGUUCUCAUGGUGCUGGGGUGAGUGAUGCUGCUUCCAACCUCAAGUUCCAAACCCUCCAGGUCUCAAGCAGCAGCUUCAGAGUACAAAAGCAGCCAGCACAGCCCUGGGAAACAGCCACAGGUAGCAAGGAGGGGUUAGAAUUUGCAGCAGAGAAGAGGAAACAAUCUGAGCACUGCAGCUUGAUAUGCACGCAGUGACGGUCUCCAUCAGGGCUUUGUUAUUGAGUCGUAGAAUUGCUCCCUUGGCAAUUGCUCGCUCCCUGUGUAGACUAUAGGGAACAGUGCAGGGUUAGCUGUUCUGUGCUGAGGCUGUAGGAGUGAGGAGGGUCUCUGGAGGCUGUCCACGUUUCUAUUGAAGCACUGUUUAAAUGCCUUUAGAAUCGAGCGCACGGGCAUGGAGCUGGGCUUUAUUGUGAUGAAAAAUGGCAUCGUGAUGUAACAGCUGGGGAUUGCAGAGGGCCCUGAGCUCAAUCCGUGCUUUUCCUGUAGGUCGUUGAUGUUGUUGCUGUUCACUGAUCCCAAAGCUGCAUAAAAUCAAUGGUUGAAUGAAUGCUCUUUGCCGCUUAUAAAACAUAUGCCUCAAUUACAAUAUCCCUGAGAGAUUCUUUUGGCUGUGCAUUGUGUGUAGCGCCUUCGCCACCCCAUUGCUCGGUGGGCACAAAUGUAGUCCCUGUAGGUGUUGGUGAGGCAGGUAAGUGCCACCUCGGCCCCACAAAGCAGGGAGGCUGAGGAAGAGUUUGAUGUCCCCGUGCUGUGGCCGCUGUGACACUAAUGUGCUGAUGGGGUGAAUAGGAGAGAGCUGGGGGAGAAGGAGGAGGAGGAGGUUGGGGGCUCUGUGUGUCCGAGUGGCUUUGGGGGGUGAUGAGAAGGUCUUCUGCUGAAGGAGGUGCCUUUAGUGGGAAUGGGGUGUUGCUGAACCUGCUGCCAUCCCAUUGUGUGUGCCACGCCAUCCCGUGGGGUGCAUCUGUUGGGCAAAGCAGGGCCAGCUCGUGGCUGCAGCCCACUGAAAGGCAGCCAGGAGUCUGGGGGUGUUCUUAGGAGCAGAGCAGCAGAAGCAUUGCUCCAGGAGGUGCUCUGUGUGCUGCUCCAUAUGACGCAGGUCAAACAUUUGAGUGUUUUCCCCAACCUCAGUAUAAAUCCAUGUGCUCAGAGCUGGAAUGCAGAGUUGAGGGGCUGAAAUAACCCGCUUAGCUUCUCCUCCAUAAGGUAAUAACAUCUUCAGAGCGGAUCAGCGUGUGCUAGAAAAGGGUGAAGCCCCACGUGGGCAAGCAGAGACCUUCCUCCUCCCCGCAGUGGGGUCCGGUCCUCAGGGAGCCUCCUUAUGUCUACCUGUGGUUGGGUCAACACUGUUGGGUCAACUCUUCCUCCUUUGCUGGCUGAAGGUGUCGAAUCUCGGUCCGGUCGCGGUCUCGGAGCAAUAUAGAUAUAAUUGACACAUCUGACACGCUGUGGAUUUUGUCAUUGAGAUGAGUCUCUUCCUCUCCUGUUGUGCAGGUAACUAGGAUUUCUACCUCAACCCAAUGUGACCUAUGCAAGGACAACGUGGACCAACUUCACUCGGCUUCCACUGAAAGGUGCUCACUGGCCUGUGCAGGGGUUCUGCUCUUACUACUGGACAAAACACAAACCUAAAAAAGACCUAAACAACAGAGAAAAUAAUAUUUACUGUGAAUCUGAGUAUAAAGGAAAAAAAAAAAAAAAAAAAAAAGACAAAAGAAAUACUUAAGGCUCCAGUUUGUAUUGUUGAUAGUUUAGGUAAAGUAUUUAUCUUUUUUAACGUGAAAAUAAUUUUGACUUAUUUUAUUCCACCUAGAGUCAUAAAUACAACUUGUGGUUAAAUUCUCUGAAUAACUAAGGACUGGCACACCAGCAGAGAUGUAAAGAGCCUCUUCUCGGUGCUAUUUCAUCCGUCAGAACUGUGCCUCUAGUUUGAUCCUUGGUGCUGAAUUUGGAGGGUUGACCAAUGCCAAACCCAGUUCUCAGACAGGUCUACUUUUAUUUAUUCACCUUCCUCUGUUCAUAUCCCAAAACCCACUUGGUUUACAGCCACGUCUGCUGCGGUGGUCUUUCAUCUGGUGGUUUGCUCCAAGGAGAACCGAGCCACCGGGUGGGUUUUAAUUGCAUUUGGACAGAUGAGAGCUCGUGUUCCCCUCUGGAGUGGCAGCUCAGUUGAGCAGGAGGGAUCAACCCCUGCCCCAUCCCACCACACCGUCCGCAGGCCGUGAAUUUCAGUAGCUAUUCUGGUUGGCUUUGGGAUAUCAUUGGAACAGGGUGCGUGAUCACUAGGAUCGAUCGGGCCCUCGAGAUGACAUUGGGAAGACUGAACAUAGUGCUUCUGUACCGGUGCAGGUAGAUUUUAAUCAGCUCGUUUUCGUUCCGAGUACGAUGUAUUUUGUUGGUAGAGUUUUGAUACUUGAUUCAGAAAUGGCUUUAGACGUUCUACUAAGUGCAUUUUGCUUUCUGUAUUUCUUUGCUUUAAGUGGAUCUGAAUGGUAGCUCACCACGCCGUGAUCUCGCUCACCGCGCUGCCCCCCCGGUGCAAGUGGUGCAUUGAACUGGUGCAUUUCGUUGUAUUGUGACUCAGUGUUCUGUGUACAGAAAGAGCUGCUCAGAGCAGCGGCUGUAUUUUAUAGAGAUGUGAUGAAAAUUUAUAAAUUUCAUAUACUUUAUUUCCUUUAUUUUUAGACUGUACAGUGCACAGUAAAACGUGUAAAAACUUAUUUAUUCGAGUGCACAAAACGAGGAGAGAAAAGACGAUCCAUGAUGUAGAUAAUCACCCAGUCUGUAGGUCAGACUGGACCCAGCACCAAUCAAGGAAACUACGGUCAAAGAAGGGGGAAUUGCAACAGCAGAAUGACGGGAAGAGAAACACGUUGAGGUGUUGGGGACAUCUGCCCAGGUGCUCAGACUCAAUGGGGUGAGCCGGGUGCCGUGGCUUCCAGCUGCCUCUCUAUGUGAGAUGGCUCCGGUCCUUGCGUUGCAGUUCCCUGACAGCUUCCACCCCCCGCAGGUUCCGUGUAGACCUUUUUCUUUGUACCUCAUCCCCUUUUCUUCGUACCUCAUCCUCUGAGAUCUUAGAGAUUCAGCUCAGCGUGUGGUUAUUUGUUGGUUCCGAUGUGUGUCUUCCGUAGGCGGCCACUGUGUGUAGAAACUCUUGCUGUGAUGUUGUCUGGUUCAUUGGGAAGGGAAGGGGUUGAUAGCCCUGGAAAGGAGGGACUUUGGGGAACUGUCUUCUGCUCUGGGUAUGGGAGAGGACGUUAGAGAUACGAGAGGAGAACGUGAAGGAGGGCAAAAACAUGCAGAGGGUGAAGGCUGAGAAACAUCCGUAGCUUCUAGUAGGAGCUGUACAGAGUUUAUGUCCUGGAAUCCAGGAGGACAAUGUAACCCAGAUGUGUUGCAGCUGGGAGUCAGGCAGCCCCAUCUUCAUCCACAGCCGUGGGUCGCUGUGAGCUGCAGAGCUGCCCCACAUCCUUCCCAGCACUGCACUGCGGUCCUGGGAGGUGGGGAUGGGGGUGAGCAGUGGCUGGAGGGGCCGGAGCCUUAAUUGCAUCCCCCCAUUUUUAUCCCUGUAGUCCUCCUGCUUUUAGCAGGUCCUUUGCAGAAAGUGGACCAAGUCAGAGUUUCAUCCGCCUCGUGUUCCCCCACCUUCAUCCCAAACCAUGAAGAUGUGUGCCCAUGGGUGGUUGUAGCGUACCCUACAUCAUCCCUGCUGGGCUGUGCUGCUGGUAGUGCCACGUAAAGCACUGAGCUGGUUGUUAUCUGGUUGUAGUGCUGCUGGAGGAGCAGCUCCUGCAGUUGUUAAGAUCUGAUCCAUAUGGCUGCAAUGAGACGCACACGACUGCAGCGUGCGAGCGCCGUGCCAGAGAUACAAAACCUGUUUUUAAUGAUCGGAGAUAAUUGUGAGUAACCAAAGCUUUGCGGCCGCUUCCAAGAAAGAAUUCCUUCUCCGUUUCUGCUUCCUGUUGGGGUGCAGCCGUUGGAUGGCCGUCACAAAUGUUCCUUCUCCUCCACAUCAUUGCUGCCAGCAAGGGGAGAGUCAGGAAGACAGAAUCCAUCAGGCAGUGGAUGUUGCCAGAAAGAAAGGACCUUCCUGAGCACCGUGCAGCACAGUGUCAGCAAUGGGACCCACCGUGCAUGCUUUGCCUUUAUGGGUUUGUAGGAUCAAGCUGCUUCUUGUUUUAGGGUGCAGGGCUGUUCCCUUCAGUGCAGUGGACAACCAUGGUGAUAGGAAACAUCUUCGUCCUUCUGCGGUCAGUUGGUGUAUGAAUAUAUGAGGUUUGAGGGCUGUUUUUUCCUUCCUUUAUUUGCUCUGACAUCUCCAUAUGGGGUUCUCGCUCUAAGAUGGAUUCACAGCAUGUAGGAUGGUAUCAUGCUGUAUUUUCUUCAUCCUUUCACCUUAGAAACACCCAUUGAGACAGAACGGUGCAGUAAGGGGUGACGUUACUGUGAACUUCAGGGUUUAACCAACCCCAAGGCCAAAAAUAGGAAAGACACACUGGAAAUAUCCCACCGGCACAUCUGCUGUUCGCAUCUUUGUGCAGAGGUCCCUUCCAUUUCCACCCUUCACAAACAAAACCCCUCUGUGCAGUUCUGGGUUUUGGAUCUCUGACCAUAAAGUUCUCAACUUUGGGAUUUAGGGUUGCUUUAAGGUACAGCUGUUGCUUUCUUCUGGCGCGGUUGGCUCGUUAGCGAGGUCUUGUUGCUGUGGUUAACGAGGAAGAGGAGGAUGGGUUGGUCCAUCCCGCUUCAUGGCUUCUGGAACCUAUUGAUCUUGUAAGCGAUCGAUCUCUAAUUAAAACCAACUCGUUGGGUCUCUUUGCACCCUCCAUAGGAGCCAGGCGGGACGCAGCGGGUCAUGAGGUUGCUGUUGCUCAGGAAUUGAUUAGUAAACCUUUAACUACUACUAACGAUCCAUUUCCAAUGGAUUUAAAACCACAACCACCACGCGUUUUCUUAGAGCAGUGAUACGGGAUGUUUCCUAGGGAAUAGGGAUUAGUUUAUAUAAUUUUUAGCCGAUUAAACCCAAUUAUUUAAAGCUCAAACUCCCCCUAAUUUAUCUUUUUUUUGUUGUCGUUUUAUUUUACACCGGUAAGUUUGUCCCAUCAUUCCUUCCAUAGAAGUAGUGCAAAUUCUGGUGUGUAUAUAUGUAUGUAUAAUAUAUAUAUCCCCGCCCGCCUUUCUAACGCCCCGCACUGUUAGGUUUUGGUUUUCCCCCCCUCCCCCUCACUUAAUUUCUUGUGUCUCUCCCUUGAUUUGUAAUGGAAACAAAUGCUUUGAAGUUUGGUCUUUAUAUUAAAGUGUACGUAUUUUAAUACACUG